UUUAAAUGGGUGGUAAGAAAUGUUCAAUAUUUAAGCAACUGAAUACAGAUGCCAUAUCGGUGACCGAAGGAAAAUGCGUUGAAUCUGAAACAGUUGUUUCACUCAUUUCCCUCUUUCCACUUCCAUGUCUUAUGUCUAAGGGCCUGAUCCUAAGGGGUUUAACUCGUAUUGACUUCAUUGGAACAGAAGCUGGCCCUGAAUAGCCAGCCCUGUGAGUCACCAAGUGACUGAGGGUACUCAGCAGCUGUCAUGGAGUCACAGGGUUUGCGCUAUGCCUCCAGCCUGUCUCCAGUCCCCUAGAAGUGACCCAUGUAGUGUGCCCCAAAGACCCACACAGUUCCACAGGGGAGGCCCAUGGCCUUUAAGACCCCAAGACUGGCCUUCAAAAUCUGUGUUCACUGUCUGUUUCCAUGCCUCCUUGCAGCAAAUCCAGCCAAGCCAGAUUUCCGUGGGAGACUGGUACUGGGGUACAGGGGAAUGUUCAUGUUGAAAGAAAAAUUAAACCUAUGUCCGCUGAUAUUUUUUUUUAAAUUCUUUGGUCUUAGAUUUUGAAUAUAUGUACACUUCAGUCAGAUUCAUGUAAAUUUUGGUCUUGUACAGAUUCUACUGUAAGGUCCCAUUUCUACAGUCAGUGGAAAUGAGCACUUGCCACACUCACACAGAACCCCAUUGAAAUCAGUAGAGCUUCUGGCAGGCACAGUGCUGUCCUUGGACGUAGUAAAUGUGUGUUUGUCCUGACAAUGUCCCUUUUAAAUAGAAAAAUAAAUAACUAUAUGAAACUAGUUAGGUCCCACCCCUAUAACAAAUCCUGACCAGUUAAAAAAAAAAAAGUUUCCACUUUUUCCUCUUUAAUUGUAGCAAUGAGCUGAUAUUUAAGCAAAUAAGCAUUGUACUCUUAAAAACCUGAAAGUGAAGCUGUUUAUUAAAUGAAAAUUGACUCAUUUGAUUUUCAGUGCCCCAGUAGGUAGAAAUGGAAGGCGUAAACAAAGAAUAUAAACCAGUGAUACUCAGACUGAGGCUCGCGAGCUGUAUAGAUUUGCUUAGUGGUAUAAUUCCUGAACUUUGUCAGAAAUAUCCAGAUUUACAUUUCUUAGUUGGAGGAGAAGGACCAAAGCGAAUAGUUUUGGAAGAGGUACGGGAAAGAUACCAACUACAUGACAGAGUGCGUCUUUUAGGGGCUUUGGAACACCAGGAUGUUAGAAACGUGUUGGUCCAGGGACAUAUUUUUCUCAAUACUUCUCUCACUGAAGCCUUCUGUAUGGCAAUUGUGGAAGCAGCCAGUUGUGGUUUACAGGUUGUGAGUACAAGAGUUGGUGGAAUCCCUGAGGUGCUACCGGAAAAUCUUAUCAUUUUAUGUGAGCCCUCAAUGAAAUCUUUGUGUGAUGGUCUGGAAAAAGCUGUUGCCCAGAUCAGGUCAGGAACACUACCAACCCCAGAAACUAUCCAUAACAAAGUAAAGACAUUCUAUACAUGGAGGAAUGUUGCAAAGAGAACUGAAAAAGUGUAUAACAGAGUUGCAGAUGAAGUGGUAUUACCAAUGGACAAGCGGCUUGACAGACUGAUAUCUCACUGUGGCUCAGUGACUGGGUGUAUUUUUGCUCUUUUUGCUGUAUUAAGCUUCCUUUUCCUGGUGUUUCUGAGAUGGAUGACUCCAGAUUCCCUUAUUGAUGUUGCAGUAGAUGCCACAGGUCCUAGUGGAGCAUGGACUCAACAGUAUUUUUCUAGUAAAAAAGGAAGUGAGAAAGAAGAGAUUUCAAACUGUUAAAAAUGUUUGAAGUGAGGAAGAAGGGCAUUGCUGUCUAAAAGGUUUAGUAUUUGCUGAUAGUUAGUUCCAUAAAGAGAUACUGUUUUUAAACUCUUAAAAGCUUUCCUAAAUUGUUGGAAAGAAACUUGAUAAAAUGUGCUACCUCAAGUUAGGAUUGUGCUAAUUAGUUUUGGGGAAAGAUUUAAACAUAUGCAGUUUAUGGACAUAAUUCUUUUGCACUUAAAGUAGGGAGGAAAGUGGUAAUAUGUACAGCUCAGGUGUAAAACUACCUUCAGAGAGACAAGAAUACUAGAUUUCAUCUGUUAUUAGUGUAUUAUACAGAGAAUGAGCAUGGAUUUUUCAUGGUGUUAUACCAAUAUAAUAAAAACCAGCAGGAUCUUAUUAAGAGGGAUAAGACAAAGAUGACACAUUUAUUGUA